AGAUAAAUCACUCAAUAAAACCAAAAAACGCGCUUGGUCUGUCUGCACGUCUCUCUUCGUCCCCAUCUUCACUCCUCUGCAAACAAAAAACAAUGGCACCCAACAACAAAGAGCAGACCUACAUCAUGGUCAAGCCCGACGGGGUCCAGCGUGGCCUCGUCGGCGAGAUCCUCUCUCGCUUCGAGAAGCGCGGCUUCAAGCUCGUCGCCCUCAAGCUCGCCACUCCCUCCAAGGAGCACCUUGAGAAGCACUACGCCGACCUCAGCGACAAGGCCUUCUUCCCUGGUCUCAUCCAGUACAUGCUCUCGGGUCCCGUCGUCGCCAUGGUCUGGGAGGGUCUCGAUGCCGUCAAGACCGGUCGGGUCAUGCUCGGCGCCACCAACCCUCUCGCGUCUGCUCCUGGCACCAUCCGCGGUGACUAUGCCCUUGCUGUUGGCCGUAACAUCUGCCACGGCUCUGACUCCGUUGAGAGUGCCAACAAGGAGAUCGGCCUCUGGUUCCCUGAGGGCUUUGCCCAGUAUACUCUCCUCCAGGAGACCAUGAUCUUUGAGUAGAUUUAUGUCGGCAGUUGGAUGUUAAUGGAGAACGACAUGUGACAAUAUGUUGUACAGUAGAUCUUGACAAUAUCAGUUGUAUCUGAUGAUCACACUUGAUUGCGCUUGAUGUUGAUGAGA